AUGCCGGCGUCCACUGCACCAUCUCCAAAUCCCGAAAUUGUAAUUUUUGUUGAUGGAACCUUCCUCACGGGAAGGUACAAAGGGACGUUACUUGUUGCAGUCACUCAAGAUGCUGAGAACCAAAUAAUGCCGAUUGCAUUUGCCAUAGUCGAACAUGAGGAUAAGGACAAUUGGGAAUGGUUCCUCACUUGCAUAGGACACUUCGUAACCAAACGACAAGGCUUGUGUCUCAUUUUAGACAGGCACUCCGCCCUCAUGUCAUGGCUGGAAGAUGAUUCUGCAUAUGAUUGGAGGCCCCCACAUGCUUACCAUCGUUAUUGUCUCCGUCUCUUGGGAUCAAACUAUCAUCGUCGAUUUGGAAUAUUAGUGGGAAAAGAAGUCAAAGUCUGCGCAAUGGAAUGUCAAAAGAAAAAGUUCAAGACCAAACUAACCCGAUUGAAAAGGUUCGCCAACGAACGUAUCUAUCAAGAACUUAACCUGCUCAACAAAAAACAAUGGACGUUUGCAUACGAUGGAGGUAGGCGGUACGGCAGCGAAACUACCAAUUACUUUGAGAGCUUCAAUGGGGUCGUAAAAGAAGCCAGACACCUCCCGAUCAUGGCAACUGUUAUGUUUACCUUCUACAAAUGUGUGGAGUACUUUGACGAUAGGCUGGUAAAGUCAAUGGAUACAAAAGCGAAAGGGAAUCAUUUCAGCUUAUAUGCAAAGAAAAAGUACGAUCAUUGGAGGGAAAACGCAGUGGGACACAAUAUCAUUGUGUUCAAUCGGGCCGCAGGCUUGUUCGAGGUACAUACACCAAUCAAUCGAACAAGCCCAUACAAAGGAAAUAACAAACACACAGUUGAUUUGACUAACAAGACGUGCACUUGCAAUAAGAUUCAAUUGUGGAAAAUACCCUGUUCGCACGUUAUUGUGGUUUGCAACAAAAUGCAUAUUGACCCUCUUGAUUACUUCGGCAAAUAUUGGACGGUCAACACAACAAUUGCCAUGUAUGAAUCUCUCUCAUUCAAUCCACUGCCUGACCAAGCCUACUAG